UAUAAGCGCGAAAAAGGACGGAGAAAAUCACAAACAUCUAUAUAUGUAAUACAUUCACACUACGUCAACGAUCUUGAAAUUACGUGCAAAUUAUACGUCGAAAUUAGAAAUUUCGCAAGGAAGGACGUACACAUCUUUUUACGUGAUGCGUCAACGUACUUCUAGAAAAAUAUCUUUCCAUUAAAUAACCCAGCCCAUCACAGAGCAGAUGAGUGCGACGGCAAACAAUGUUUGUGGCGCAUCGUUCGGCCUCGCUUCAAUAAUAUUAAGUGCGCGCAAGUGAGACAGGAGAUUUCGUUACGACCGACGACUAUAAGACUGUAUUUUUAGAUUUGAUUUUACGAAGUUUUUUAUACUAUUCACACAUGUAAUGAUGAUAACACUGAGGUCAAGUGUGAUGAAAUUCAUUUGUGCAAAAUAAGUGUGGUUUUCACGAAGUCGUUUUUAUCAAAAUACAAAGGUAUUAUUAUCAUGCCUCCAAGUCGAUUAGACGCUGUCUACAGGAGCAUUUUGCUCACAAAGUUCUUCACAAAAGGUUGGGGCAACCCUGACAAUUUGAGGAGGAUAUUCAAAUUUAGGAAAGUUGUAUCUAAUCGUGAAGCUUGUUACAACCUUAUUUCUCGGGAUUACCCUAUUACAAUAACAAAAGAUGAAAAGUGGUCUGAUUGUCAUGUUGUGGAGGGACAAUUCGAAUCACCUUUUGAAAAAAAUUUACCUGGUAUUAUGCCUGAAGAAGCCAAAACUGCUUAUUUUCAAAUGAUAUUGCCUAAAGAGUGGUCAUCAAAGAAAAUACGACCAAUGUGUUUACAUUUAGCUGGAACUGGAGAUCAUUAUUUUUGGAGAAGAAGAAAUUUAGUGGCUAAACCAUUAUUGAAGGAAUCAGGGAUUGGAUCAAUUUUAUUAGAAAAUCCAUUUUAUGGUCUUAGAAAACCAAAAGAUCAAAUUCGAUCAAGUUUACAUAACGUAUCUGAUAUUUUUAUAAUGGGAGGAUGUUUAAUCAUGGAGUCUAUCGUUAUACUAAACUGGUGUGAGCAACAAGGAUAUGGACCUCUAGGAUUAACUGGGUUGUCAAUGGGUGGACAUAUGGCAUCUCUUGCAGCAACCAACUGGCCAAAACCAAUACCAUUAGUUCCAUGUCUUUCAUGGUCAACUGCUUCUCCUGUAUUUACACAAGGUGUCAUGAGUGCUUCUAUUAAUUGGGCAUUGUUAGAAUCACAGUAUUUUGAAAAUAAAGAGUAUCAGAAUGACUUGGCCAAAAUGGUAAAAAUUAUUGAUCAAGAUGAAGCAUUUUUAGCAGGACAACAUUUUGCCAAACACUUUCCAGCAAGUAUGAAGCGAUUUCGUAAAAUUCAAAGUGAAGGCAUUGAAGAUGUAAACAAUAAUCAAAUAGUCAGCUAUAAUGGAAAUGGUACAACAGAAAAACAACAAAUAGCAGAAGAAACAGCCGCAGCAAAAUUGUUUCCACUUAAUCUUUUAUCUAGCAGGUUUAGAAAUCCUCAACAAGAGACUCUAAAAGGGGUCUGCCUAUUGCCUGUGUCGAAACACCCACUAUUUUCAGACAAAAAAUGGCGUGAGCAUGAAGCAUUGCAAUUUAUGAGAGGAAUCAUGGACGAAUGCACACAUCUACAGAAUUUCGAGAGGCCCGUCGAUACUGAACUAAUAAUAGCGGUGUGCGCAAGGGACGACGCCUAUGUACCGCGAGACGACUGCAUUGGCCUGGAACAAAUCUGGCCUGGAGCUGAAAUUCGUUUUGUUGACGCGGGCCACGUUAGCGCCUAUCUGCUUUAUCAGAAAAUGUUCAGGCAAACAAUAGCAGAAGCUUUUCAGAGAUACUUGAAAAAAUAUCCAAUGGACAACGAUGAAAGUUGACGACUGCACUACCGUUAGGUUUUCAAAUUCAAUUAUUUUUUAAUUUUCGCCACCGAAACUAACUAUUAUACGCUGUCCGGCGGUUACUAUACAAAUUAAUUUGCAAUUCAGUCGAUAUUAAUAAAUGUCAAUAACCUAUCUUUUCUUCGGGAAAGAUGACGAUGACAAUAUUAGCGUGACGACUUGUUUGAUAUUGCAUGGACAUAUAUUUGUAAAUAUUUGUUAUUAUACAAUGUAAAAUCAAAGAGCAAUCAUUUAUAUGCCAAUUGUUAUUUUAUAAUAAGCUAUAUAUACAGAUUUAUAUUUAUAUAGGUGAAAUAUACACUGAAGAUAUUUUACAAAUAAAUGUUGUUUAUUCGAAAUCUAAAUGAUAAAAUCAUGGAUGUACGAUUUUAUGUAAUUUAAGUAGACUAUUCUGUUUAACAAUUUCAAGUGUCACUUGUAUGUUAUAUGUUUGAAUGGAUAAUACAU